GGGUUGGGACCCCGAGGCUAAGUCUCACCCCCCGUGAGAUGCUCAGAUCAAGGCUCAGGGUGAGCUGAGGUAACAGGAAGGAUGAGGGGAGGGCUGGAGGGCUCUGAGCACCCGCUUGCUGUCAGGAUCCAUCCCAGACCCUUCCCUGCAGCCCGCUGGGACCGUGUGCAGCAGGUGGAGAACCUUGGAAGCUGUGAAGACGAGAGCGGGAACGUCGGAGAUGGCAACACCAGCCUGGAGAACUGCUCGGAGCUGAGGAAAGGUCUCUGCUUGUCAAACCGGCAAGAAGGUGAGGGGUGCAAGCUCUGCCCCACGAGCUGGACGCUGCACGGGACCAAGUGCUAUUGGGUUACCGACAGGCUCAACCCUUGGAGCGAGAGCCGGCAGGACUGUGUGAAUCAGGGUGCUGAGCUGCUGAUGCCGGGGGACCAGGAUGAGCUGGAUUUCCUAAAUGAAAUCCUACAGAAACCCACCCGCUACUUCUGGAUCGGCCUUUCCAUCCCCUCCGCCGGGAAUGGCUGGGUCUGGCUGAACGGCUCCCGCCUGGACCAGAGCCGGUUCCAGCUGAGCCCCGGGGAAGAAGGCAGAGCCUGUGGGGUGCUGAGGGAGAACAGGAUCAGCUCCGACAGCUGCAGCUCGGGGCUGCAGUGGAUCUGCCAGAAAGAAGCCACCCAGCUCUGAGCCGGGGGCUGCGAGCUGGGCUGUGGCCAGGAGAGACGCUCAGAGAUGGGCCAGGAUCAGGCUCUCAGCAGGGGAAUAUGGGAGCUGGUGCUGAUGUUGUUGUUGUUGUGCACAAAUUAAUAAUGAUGUUA